ACAAUCUAAAGAGCAUCGUUAGAUAACGGCAAUCCGCAACACUACAUAUUCAACACACGAUCCAAUGUACCUAGAUUUUUAGUCUACGUUAUACAUUUAAUUCUUCAUUUUUUUAUUCCUAACCAGAUUGAUAUUCCUACCGAUAGAAGAUACAAAGCGCUGCUUACGUCAUAGUAUUAGCAUAGAAGCUAUCUUAGCGUUAAACGUCAACAUGCCGAACAUUGUGGUCAUUGGCGCUGGUGUAUCCGGUAUCACGUCGGCCUAUCUGCUGUCGCAGCAAAAAGAUAAUGUCAUAACGGUUGUAGCGAGGCACAUGCCGGGCGAUUAUGAUAUCGAAUAUGCAUCGCCGUGGGCUGGUGCUAAUGUCUUGCCGAUGGCGACGAAGAAGAAUAGCUGGUGGGAGCGCCGCACGUGGCCGGAGAUGAAGAGGCUUGCUACUGAAGUACCUGAGGCUGGGAUACACCUGCAGAAAUCUCGCGUGUACCGCCGACAGAAAGAUAUCGAAAAGUUAAGGAAAGGGGGAUACAGCUUCGACGGCCUCUUCGAGGAAAACCCAUGGUAUAGUUCCCUCUUCGACGACUUCCGGGAGUUAUCUAAAGACGAGCUCCCCGAGGGCAUGGCAUCGGGUUGUGAGUUUGGAUCUGUUUGUAUAAACGUCAUGCUGUACCUACCUUGGCUCCUUGGGAAGUGCAGGGCGAAUGGUGUUGUCUUCCGUCGUGGCCACUUGAAGCAUGUUUCUGAAGCUGCUUCUUUGAGUCAUACUGGUGGGAAGGUGGAUGUUGUGAUUAAUACGACGGGGCUCAUGGCUUCGAAGCUGGGGGGAGUGAUGGAUAGUAAUGUUGUACCGGUGCGUGGGCAGGUGGUUGUUGUGCGGAAUGAGGCUCCGUAUAUGGUUACGAAAUCCGGCACUGAGGAUGCGGAUGACGAGGUUUGUUAUAUCAUGAUGCGGGCCGCGGGUGGAGGGACGAUACUCGGUGGUACAUACCAGAAGGGAAACUGGGAAAGCCAGCCGGACCCGAAUUACGCGAUGCGGAUUAUGAGGCGGGCGAUUGAGAUGAUGCCUGAGCUUACGAACGGGAAGGGGGUUAAAGGGUUGGAUAUUGUGCGCCAUGGAGUUGGCCUACGCCCGUAUAGGAAUGGGGGUGUGAGGAUUGAGAAGGAGAAGAUUGAUGGUGUUUGGGUGGUGCAUAAUUAUGGUCAUGCGGGUUGGGGAUACCAGGGCUCGUAUGGGUGUGCGGAGGAUGUGGUUAAGCUGGUGGAUGAGGUUUUGAACCGUCCUAAGCUAUGAUCUCGAGAGAUCUAGAUGAAAUGACUUUAUAAUCAUAAGACCUAUCACUCUGAAGAAUUAUUUUCAUACUAGAUGUCUUCUAAUAUCGUCUCCUUUUGUUGCCUACUCCCAAUGCAUUACUAUAGGC